GUUUUAACACACCCAUUGUGGCCGAGCAGACCGUGCGGUCGACACGGUUAUGGAAUUCGCUUGACUGGGUUUCUGGGGUCAUGCUGGCUCGCGGCUGUUGAGCCUGUUUCGUAACGUUAAUUCAACGCUGUUAGCCCUGGUUAGCUCGUUAGCUACGUAGCCGGCUGACGCUAGCGUGCAUAUGGAUGAAAAACUAUCAGAGGAGAAUGGACAGACGUUACCAGCGCACAAGGAUGAGGAGAUGGAGGUUACCAUGACAACACAACUAGAAAAUCGCAUCGCAACCCCCGAUAAAGCAGACGCGUCAUCAAAUACACAAACACAUCCAGAGGAAACGGGAGAUGUACCUACGGACUCAGCAGCAGCAACGCUUUCUUUAGACAGUGUGUGUAAGACAGAGGACUGUGAUGACGAUGAUUCAGAGGAUUCAGACAGUGACAGCUCUUCCUCUUCUUCUUCUUCCUCAUCCUCCUCUUCUCCCUCUGCCCUCGUGUUUGGGGAUGAGGACGAUGACGAGGGUUUCAGCCAACCAGCCCCCAUCAAAACCAGAGAUGAAAUCCUGCUCGAGGAGCUGCCAGCAGUGGAGGAGGUGCGUGUGUCGUUACCAGAAGAUGCAGAACUGCAGCCUGUAGGAACAGUCUCCAGUAUCAUACAGCAGCUCGUCAUCAUCCAGUCUCUAAAAGACACGCCCCCUCUGACUGAUGACAGCAUCAUCUUUACAUCUGAUAGGCUGGCUGUGGGCAAGGUGUUCGAGGUGUUUGGUCCCGUGUCCAGCCCGCUGUAUAUUCUGCGUUUUAACUCAGCAGACCAGAUAAGCAGUAAGGGGCUGACAGAGGGACUGACUGUUUAUUACGCACCAGCCAUCAAAGAGUACACAGGAUACAUUCUCACACAACAACUCAGACUUUUAAAGGGAUCUGAUGCAUCCUGGAAGAACGACCAGGAACCACCAGUGGAGGCUUUAGAUUAUAGUGAUGAUGAGAAAGAGCAGGAAGCUAAGAGGAAAGUGAAAAACUCCAAAAAGAAGAGGGACAAUAACAAUACAGGUAAUCCUGCCCACAUUUCCCAGAACACCUUGCUGCUGCAGCAGCAGCGUGACAUCAGGAAUUUCCCACCGAGACAUGCAGGGCCUACAUUCAGGCACCAGAACCCGAGGAAUAAACACCCACUGAUCAGACACACACACCCACCACCCAGACACACAAAUGUCCCUCCCAUGUACCUCCCCCCUCCCUGCCCUUACCCUCCUCCACCUCUUCACUCUUUUCCUCCACCCAACUUCCCUCUCUACCCUCCUCCUCCUCCCUCUUUCUUCAAUCCAUCUUUCUCCUCUUCUCUCUGGCCAGCAAACUCGGUCCCCUUCUCUGACCUUCCUCCUCCUCCUCCUCCCCCUCCUCCUCAGUGACGUACACACCAUCUGUACAUGUGCACGCCAACCAGAGUUCCUGCUGCUGAGUUGAUGUUUGGUAUAUUCUUGUUAGAAGAAUGUGUCAUCUGUCUGUAGACUGUCAUCAUCCACAUGUAUCAAUCACUGGCUCUGCUUGUUAGCAGUGUUUAUUAGGCUGUACAAUCACUGGUUAUAAAAUAAAACAUUUACUUAAUAUCGCUGGUGGAACCAAGUGAUGUGCUGCGACUAACCGCAUGCUGCCACUGCAGUGUUCUUAAUUUUUACAUAUUAUUUUAAAUAUUAGUUAUUAUGUUUUUCCCACAGCAACAGGCAUUUGUAGACCUUCUGACGGAAAGUAGUCCCUAACCAAAAGGGUUUUCUUAUUUGUCAUAUUCCAAGUAAAAGUGACCAUUUUCUUAGACACAGUUAUCAAAUGCCAUUUAAGAUUACUUGCCACUUACAGUCAGCUGUCAGUAUGACGCACCCGAACCAACCGAUGGCUGAUCUUGGUGUCAUCAUUUGACAGCUAAGUGGACCAACAGGAUAUUUAUGGAAAGCUUGAUAAAUUCCUUUUACAUUUGUGUUUUUGGUAAAACUUCACUUGAAGGCAGAAUUAUGUGCAUUCUAAGCACAUUAUGAGUGUAUGACAACUGUAUCGAAUUCAGUCAGCCUGUUGUGCAUCAUAGUGCACUUAGAGCAACAUGUCAUUCAGGUUUUUUGCAGACUUCUGACCAAAUAUAUGUAUGAGACUUAUAUAUACACAAUGGACAUACGAACGUAGUGAUGCUUGUAUUAUUUUGGUUUUGGGUUAAUAUCGAUCUAACAAUUAUUUCAAUAGUAGACACCGAUUUUUAUUUUCUUAUAUUUAUAAAAAUAUUUUGUGUAGACUUUUGUCUAAAUAAUACACAAAGCAGUUCUGCUGGGAAGGUGAUGAUCUGUAUACUACUAUGUUUAAAGUUCUACACUCAGGCUUCAUUCUUUAAAUGUAUCCCAGUGUGUUAUGGUCCUGUCUCAUCUGUAGGUUCCACUGACCUUCACACAGUCAGUUCUGCAAAGAAUGGAAGAGCAGUAAGAUGGCUCUAAGGUUUGAAAAAAUGGAUUAUGGAAAAGAACUGUUCAGUUACAGCUACACAUUUUGUAGCCCUUCAAAGACUUCAUGUGCUGUGGCAUUUGUUGAAAAUAAUGAACUGAUGUGGUCUGUUCACAUGUAGUGAUGGGAUGAUGGACUGAAGUCUGCCUCCCACACAAAUACAGACUUAAACUUUUUUUAUUUACUGGAAAUGAGCUCUGACAAGUCAUUGUCACUCAUGUGAUAUUGUAUAUCUCCUGUAUUUCUUUGUACCAGAAUACUUUGUAAAUGUCAACAUUUUCCCCAUCUGUGUCAAUGCGGAAUAAAUGUCUUUGUGUAAGAUGGA